GGCCAUUUCCUCAGGGGGCUAGUUGCCCCCCGGUUUCGACUUCACUGUGUUUACGGAUGUUUAGCUAGGUUAGCUAACUAAAAAGAAGAACUACGGGUCAAUAAUUGCUGAAUAUUAUGAGCUCGAACAGUAUGGCAGAUCCGCGGAGACAGAACAAGAUUUUUCGCUACAAGCCCCCAAGCACAGACACCAACCCCACACUGGAGGACCCCACUCCAGACUACAUGAACCUACUCGGAAUGAUCUUCAGUAUGUGUGGGCUGAUGCUGAAGCUAAAGUGGUGUGCCUGGAUCGCUGUUUACUGCUCCUUCAUCAGUUUCGCCAAUUCCCGAAGCUCAGAAGACACCAAGCAAAUGAUGAGCAGCUUUAUGCUGUCUAUAUCAGCUGUGGUGAUGUCAUACCUGCAGAACCCACAGCCCAUGUCUCCUCCAUGGUAACGACAGUUCCGAACACAGGAUGAGCCAGAACAGCAGCAGACGAGACAGACCGUGAUGCAAAAGCACACACACACACACACACACGUGCGCGCGCGGGUGUGUGUGUGUGUGUGUACGGUUGGGUGGCGGCGGGGAACACUAAUCCUCCCACCGUUCAUCUGUUCCGGUGGACACUACAGUGAGCGGCGUCAAGCGAUGCGUGAGCUCCCCUCCCCUCCCCUGCCUUUUGCACCUCCUCUUCCCACUCUACUCCUCCCCUCCUCCCGCUCUGCCCCUCCUCUUACCAUUCCAGUCUCACCUGGGCUCUCAUGGGAUCCUAAAUUAUUGCACUGUAGAUGUUAAUAUAAGAAAUAAAUGGCCAUUUUUAAAUUUGCACAGCAA